CUUCUACUGCUGUUACAAGGACUCUGUUACUGUGCUCCGAACCACAUCCCGUUUCUACUACUCCUAUACCCACUUAGCAGUUUAAGCACUCCUCAAGAUCAAUUCUAUUCUCGCACGUGGGCUACCAGAGUCGCGUGCUAGCUUUCUAGCUCCCGACCGGUAACGCACAUUUAGAGCCAUGGGUGCUCUCCGGCCACAAUAAUGAAGGGACUAUAUGAACCAUCCCAGCUCGCUGGGGGAAGACCUCGUCAAUUGUUGUUUCUUGCGAACAGAAAAAUUGCGAUUGCGGUUAUAAUGGGCUUCUUUACCAUUCUGCUCUCGCUCUACCUCCUCUCUGGAGCAUCCGCCGGUCCGGUGGUUAGAUCCCCCAAGCAGAGCUCCUCGACCUGCGACAGUGUCAAUGAGGGCUAUAAUUGCUUCUCCGAGAUUUCGCAUCUCUGGGGCCAGUACUCCCCUUACUUCUCGGUUGAGGAGGAGUCCGUCUCUCCGGCUAUCCCUGAGGGCUGCCACGUCACUUUCGCACAAGCGAUCUCCCGCCACGGUGCACGGUACCCCACUGCAUCCAAGUCCGCAAAAUAUGCCAAAGUGAUCGCAAAGAUUCAGGCCGGUGCGACCUCUUACAAGGGGGAUUAUGCCUUCCUGGAGACCUACAACUACACCUUGGGGUCGGACGAUUUGACUUCCUUCGGGAUGCAGCAGAUGGUCGACUCGGGAAUCAAGUUCUACCAGCGUUACGAGUCUCUGGCAAAGGACGGCACUCCUUUCGUUCGCGCAUCCGGGUCAAGCCGGGUGAUCGAAUCUGGCCAGAAAUUCAUCCAAGGUUUCCAGGACACGAAGCUCAAUGACACCUUGGCCCUUCCCGGUCAACUUGCUCCCUUGGUCAAUGUGGUGAUCUCCGAAAGCACCAACGCUAAUAACUCGCUGGAUCCCAGCACCUGCACGGUCUUCGAGAACAGCGAACUGGGGGAUGAUGUUGUAGCCAACUUUACUGCCCUCCUCACGCCGCCCAUCUUGAAGCGGCUGGAGAAGAACAUUCCCGGAGCGAACCUCACGGCCAAAGAGGUCGUCUAUCUCAUGGACAUGUGCUCCUUCGAUACUAUCGCACAGUCCGAGCCGGAGACUCAGCUCUCUCCGUUCUGUGACCUAUUCAGUCAUACGGAAUGGGAGCAAUACAACUACCUGCGUUCCUUGGAGAAGUACUACGGGUACGGUGCUGGAAAUCCUCUUGGUCCUAGUCGAGGGGUUGGCUUCACCAAUGAGUUGAUUGCUCGUCUGACACAUACCCCGGUCCAUGACGAGACAAGUACCAAUCGCACUCUGGACUCGAGCCCGGCCACAUUCCCCUUGAACUAUACUCUCUAUGCGGACUUCACACACGACAACGGGAUGAUCCCUAUCUUCUUCGCCUUGGGCUUGUACAACGGCACCAAACCGUUGUCCAAGACGAAGGUGGAGUCGAUGAAAGAGACCGAUGGGUUCUCGGCGGCGUGGACCGUUCCAUUCGGUGCGCGAGCCUACGUUGAGAUGAUGCAGUGUAAAGCACAGCCGGAGCCUCUUGUGCGGGUGCUAGUAAACGAUCGCGUGGUUCCGCUGCACGGCUGCGCGGUUGAUAAGCUAGGCCGAUGCAAGCGGGAUGACUUUGUGCGAGGAUUGAGCUUUGCUAGAUCUGGCGGGAACUGGGAUCAUUGUUUCGUUUGAUGUUGAUACAUUUUUUUUGGCUAUCUCUAAACCACUUAUAACUGGUAGCAAUGCCGACUACCUGGGCUCUGUGAGCAAAUCGAU